GUGAAGAAAGCUGUUUGUGGAAACGCACAGGAGCCUUCAGAGGCGCUGACUGCGGGACGUAAGUAGCUCUCCAGGGUGCUGAAGUUGUCUCCAAACGCGACAGACGCCAGCGCCCGAGCUCUGCCUGUCACUUUCAGAUCCAAGAUCCAAACACCAUGACUUGGCCGUGUGUCUAUCGGCGGAUCCUCGGGGUGAGUAGGUAGGGUUUUGGGGAUGGUUAGGUUUAUGUGGAUACACAAAAGCAGACUCGAGAGGACACCUGUAAGAUUGUCUAAUCGGACCUUGAAGCUGUCCUGAUGGCGUCAAGUAGAUGGUGUCACUGCUCUAAUUGACAAUAAUAGUGAACACAAAGAUUCACUAUACCUUGGACACCCUGGAAGGACAAUGCAACAUAUUCCUCCAAAUGUCAGAGGGGCGCUAUGGGAGUCCAACCAUCCAUGUAUGCCCAUAAUUAAAAGCAGACCAACUUUAACCACUCUGCCCUUUUAUAAUUUUUUGUUAUGGGUCCUACUCGGAGUCUUGACGUUCCCUUGUUGUGUGCGCUGUUUGAUAUUCAAAGUGGGGGUCCUGGGGCCUUGGAACUGCGACCCUAUUUACUACAAGACCCUGCCCGCUGCCGCCGCAAGGCUCGCUGUAAACAGGAUAAACGCAGAUCUAAAACUGGAUCUGGGCCUAAAAAUGGACUUUAUCAUUCUCCAGGAGCCUUGUGAAACAUCUAAAGCCCUCGCUGCGUUUAUUUACUACGAGAAGAUGGCUGAUGCGUUUGUGGGUCCCACCAACCCGGGAUAUUGUGUUGCAGCUUCUCUUCUGGCCAAGAACUGGGAUAAGGCCCUCUUCUCUUACGGCUGUGUUAACUAUGAGCUGGACCGGGUCAUAGGAUACCCGACUUUUUCCAGGACAGUGCCGUUUCCCACUGAGGUGUUGUUCACUGUGUUGAAACACUUCAAGUGGGCCGGUGUUGUGGUGGUCUCAUCCAAAGAAGAUAUUUGGAUCGACACCGCUGGGAGAGUAGCGAUGGCUCUGAGGAAUAAAGGGCUUCCCGUUGGCCUGGUUACAUCUAUUGGUACAAAUCUGACAGAGGUGGAGGACACGCUGAGGAAGAUCAAGGCUGCAGGGGACAUGAGGGUCAUCAUCAUGUGCAUGCAUUCCAUCCUGGUUGGAGGUGAGCUCCAAGCUACUUUUCUCCUCCAAGCAAAUACAAUGGGCCUGACUUCUGGGGAUUACGUGUUUGUACCCUACGACACCCUUCUCUAUAGCGUGCCCUACGGCAACAUCUCCUACUUCCCCCUGCAUAACAACAGCAGACUGAGGGAGGCCUACGAUGCUGUGCUCACCAUCACCAUGGCCUCUGAGCCUUUGUCUUUCGACGAGGCAUUAACUGCCGCCAAGAAGAAUGAGGAAGUGACCCUAGCUGUUAUUUCAGAGCAGGUCAACCCACUAUUUGGGACCAUCUAUAACAGCAUCUAUAUGGUGGCAAAUUCAAUCCACAAUGCUAGAAAAAAAGGAUUGUGGCUGUCAGGCUCAAACCUGGCCUAUGCCACAAAGAACAUAACCUACAGCGGCUUCAACCAGGAGGUCCGGGUGGACACUCGUGGGGAAAUUAAGAUCAACUAUGUCAUCCUGGACACUACCUUCUGGAAGGGCCAGCUGUAUGAGACUUAUGUGGUGGAUCUGAAGUCCGGAGUACUUCGUUUCACUGGGAAACCCAUUCAUUUUCCAGGAGGUAUACCUCCACCCUCUGACUCCAGUUGCUGGUUUGACAAGGACUCUGCCUGUUUGGGAGGUGUGGAGGUCACCCACAUCAUAGUGGUGUUGGCUGUCAUUAUCACUCUGGUUGUAGGAGGGAUCGUUAUAAGUCUUUAUAUCAGGAGGAGACUCCAACUAAUCCAGCUGGUCAAAGGUCCCAAUCGAAUCCUUCUGACCUUAGAGGAUCUCACUUUUAUCAAUCCUCAGCUUAGCAAAAAGAAAAUCACUUUAGAGGAUCUGAGCGAGUCCAAGAGCGCUCUGGAGGAGAAAUCUGGAGACCGCUCACACUCUGUGAACACUGUGAACAGCAUGCAGACAGCAACUCAUGAAACCACCAAUGUAGCAGUGUAUGAAGGCGACUGGGUGUGGCUGAAGAAAUUUGAGGAAGGCCAGUUCAAGGAAGUAAAGCAGAGCACCACCAAGAUUUUCACAAAGAUGAAAGACCUGAGAAAUGAGAAUGUGAAUCCAUUUCUUGGCUUCUUCUCCGACUGCUACAUGUUUGCUGUGGUGACGGAGCACUGCUCACGUGGCAGCCUGCAGGACCUGCUGAGGAACGAGGAUGUUAAAUUAGACUGGAUGUUCAAGUCCUCACUUCUGCUUGACCUCAUUAAGGGUAUGAAAUACCUUCACCACAGAGAUUUCCCCCAUGGCAGACUAAAAUCUCGUAACUGUGUGGUAGACGGGCGUUUUGUGCUCAAGAUUACUGACUACGGCUUCAAUGAGCUGCUGGAGUCUCAGAAAGCUCCUAUAGAAGAACCUCCACCUGAAGAUCUAUUUUGGACAGCUCCAGAGUUCUUAAGAGACCUUGCGAGCUCACGUAAAGGCACCUACAAGGGAGACGUGUACAGCUUUUCUAUCAUCCUUCAAGAGGUGGUGGUCAGAGGGCUGCCGUACUGCAUGCUUGGUCUGCCACCCGAGGAGAUCAUCCGUAAGGUGAAGAAGCCUCCUCCAAUGUGCCGCCCCACCGUGGCUCCAGACCAGGCUCCUCUGGAGUGUAUCCAGCUGAUGAAGCAGUGCUGGAGCGAAAUGCCUGACCGCAGACCAACAUUUGAUGAGAUCUUUGACAGGUUCAAGUUAAUCAACAAGGGUAAGAAGACAAACAUAAUUGACUCCAUGCUGAGGAUGUUGGAGCAAUACAGCUCCAACCUGGAAGACCUGAUCAGAGAGAGAACAGAAGAGCUGGAGGUGGAAAAACAGAGAACAGAAAAGCUACUGUCAGAGAUGCUCCCACCCUCUGUGGCUGAGGCCCUGAAGACCGGUGCCACGGUGGAGCCAGAGUACUUUGACCAAGUGACGAUCUACUUCAGUGACAUUGUAGGUUUCACCACCAUCUCCUCGCUUAGCGAUCCAAUCGAGGUGGUUGACCUUCUCAACGACCUCUACUCUCUGUUUGACGCCGUGCUCAGUAACCACGACGUCUACAAGGUGGAGACCAUUGGGGAUGCCUACAUGGUAGCAUCUGGGCUGCCAAAGAGAAAUGGAAACAAGCACGCUGCGGAGAUUGCCAACAUGUCUCUGAACAUCCUCAGCUCAGUAGGAACCUUCCAUAUGCGGCACAUGCCAGACGUGCCCGUCAGGAUACGCAUAGGAAUCCACUCAGGGCCCUGUGUUGCUGGUGUGGUAGGUCUGACUAUGCCUCGGUACUGCCUUUUCGGAGACACCGUCAACACUGCCUCUCGUAUGGAAUCCACUGGGCUGCCUUAUAGAAUCCAUGUAAAUAUGAGCACUGUGAACAUCCUCCAUUCUCUUAAUGAGGGUUAUAAAAUAGAAGUCAGAGGCAAGACAGAGCUGAAGGGUAAAGGUAUUGAAGAGACAUACUGGCUUGUGGGGAAAACAAACUUUACAAAGCCUUUGCCAAAACCGCCAGAGAUCAAACCGGGGGACAACUGGCAGGAGAUGGUGACGGAGGAGAUCAAGACUCUUUUUCGCAAGGCCAACAGGCAGGUGGAUAAAAAGAUCUGAAUGAGAGGAAGAGAAGGAAAGAUGUGAUAGAAGCAAAACCAGAGGAGCAGAGGAGAAGGGGACACAUCCAGAGAAAGAAAAAAGACAAAGAGCUGGGAGGGGCAGGCAGAGGACAGGGAGCACCAUCCAGCCUCUCGCUGUGGCUUAAAGCAGACUUGUUUAAGAGGAUUGUUUAUCGACUGGCUAAUCUGCCUGCAGCCAGCACAGCAGAACACAGCGGUGCUAAUGUAAUGAGAGUUGUCGCAUUACCUGCCUAUGUACCUGCUGCCAGUAGCACAGGGAAGCUGCAUCGCUCCGUAAUGAAGGAUGCACUCAUUCACUCCUCUCCGUACUCACUGGCCACUGAGUGGUCACCUAAUUCAGGGCAACCAGAGGUUUACCCAUCGGAAGAUUGAAUGCCCAAAAUGUCUAUUUCAAACUGAAAUGUUGUAUUUUCCGGUGAUAAUGUCUGGUUUUAGUUUGCCACGAAAGCUCAUAAUGUGGUACUGAGGCUGUUACUUAGCUAUGGCUGAAUAUUAUAUGUUAUUAGCUCUCCAAAGUUGGAGGCAAAGGCUGCUAUUGUAUAUAAUUAUCAAAAAAGAAAAAAAUGAAAAGAAAAAGAAAAAGAAAAACUUAUCUUUAUUUCUAUUGUAUUAGAACAUGAUGACAAAGUCCAGUUGAGCCUAUUCCUACAAAUUCUAUUUAAAACAUUUGUAUUGUCACUCUUUUAUCUACACUAAUGAGAGGUUGACCUUUUCUGUUAAUGUAAAUUUAAGGUGCUUUAGUGGAUUUCAUCUACUGACUCCUAUUGUUGGAACACUUGAUGUCAGCACCUGUAAUUCUGGUAAAAGUUAAUUUAAGUUGGUUGUUUGUGUCACAUGUCUGAAUGAUGCAACAGACCCCCGCUGUACUUGUUUGCUAUCUAUACCAGACUUGUAAUACAAAGUUAUAAAUUGUGUGAAGUCAAAAUUUCAGCAUUACAACAUUCAUUACAGCAUCCUGUCAUCAUAAGCUUCUCAGGCAGCAAUUUUAUUCAUA